AAAGAAUAGGUAUUCUGACAGUUGUCUUGUGUCUCUUAUCAUUAAGGAAGCUGAACUACGCAAGCGCUGGAUGAUGUGCACCAGGUUCAUGGUUAUGGUAUAGGAAAGCGGUGACAAGCACUAUGAGCAAGGUCAGGAAGGCAGCUGAACAGUAUAUAACGCGGUGACGAGAAACCAGCAACAGUACAGUUCAGGACUGCUGCCUUCCUAUAACCAUGAAACUGUUGCUGGUGACCAUUAGUGCUGCUCUCCUGGUGGGAUCCUCCAAUGUGAACGGAGGUCACAUUGGAGGCGGCGGCGGCUUUGGCGGAGGACACAUUGGAGGCGGCGGAUUUGGCGGUGGUAGCUUCUCCGGAGGCCGAUAUGGAGGACGUGGAGGAUUUGGCGGUGGUGGAUUUGGAGGCCAUGGUGGUGGCGGGUUUGGCGGUGGUGGCUUCUCCGGAGGCCGAUAUGGAGGACGUGGAGGAUUUGGCGGUGGUGGAUUUGGAGGCCAUGGUGGUGGCGGGUUUGGCGGAGGCCACAUUGGAGGCGGCGGAUUUGGCGGUGGUGGCUUCUCCGGAGGCCGAUAUGGAGGACGCGGAGGAUUUGGCGGUGGUGGAUUUGGUGGCUCCCUCGGAGGGUUUGGCGGAGGAUUUGGAGGCUCCCAUGGCGGGUUUGGUGGUGGAUCUGGUUUUGGUUCUCACGGCGGGAGCUUCGGCCGCAGCUACGGUUAAGGAAAAACCUAAAUUUAUCCCAGUUCUUCAACAGUUCUGAAAACGAAAUUUUGACUGCUGUACCUAAUGUCUAAUUACUGAUUCUGUACUUUAUUUAUGCACCACAAAUAAAUUUUUCCAUACAAAAAAUUAUAUCUUUA